AAAAAAAAAAAAAAAAAAAAAAAAACAUCAUAAGGCGUAAUGGGUCACCCGACUCCGGCUCUCCCGGUUCUUGCUGAAGACGACUCGAUGUUAUCGAGGAGAUUCGGCCGAGAGGUCGCAAACUAUUUCAGCGGUAGCCCAUUGAACAGGAUCUCGUUUCUCAGGACCGAUUACGGCUUUCUGCGCGCCGCCUUCGCUUACCCUAACGCUUCCUUUUUGCUGCUAGAUAACUUGUCGCCUUUGGCGAAAGACUACGCAAACCUGUCCUAUGUUACUAGGGACAAAGUAGUACCCCUGACCGGGGAGGAGCCUUUCAAAUCCUCGGAGGAGGAGCAGCUGAAAAGCUUCAACUCGGCUGUUACGCAGCCUGUUAUCCUGUUCCUCGGUAUCGACGAAAAGGACCCUGACUUCCAGUAUCGUGACUACAAGGGCAAGCCGUACUUUGCCGUCGAUGUCACGCCUAAGGGUACUAUCGAAGCUAAAGCUAAGAAUAUUAUUGAUAUCCUUAAGGCUAGCGGGGUCUCUUUCAUUGAUGGAAGAAGGCUUCUAUCUUUAAAUGCUCCAGACGCGGCGAUAUAUGCGGAAGCCCGUGCUUUGCUCGAUUGGAACAGCCGGAACCCGUUCUGCGGUGGCUGUGGACAGCGAACUACGUCCAUCAAUGCCGGUUGGAAGCGGGUCUGUCCAACGACAGAUCUAGCAGGCGUUCCUGAAGGCGGUGCACCAAAGGAGAGAGAAGACUGUCCCACUCGGCACGGCAUAAGCAAUCUCUGUUUCCCGCGGACAGAUCCCACCGUUAUUAUGGCCGUAGUCUCGGCUGACGGCACCAAAAUUCUUCUUGGUCGCAACAAGCGCUUCCCUCCCUACUGGUUCAGCACGCUCGCAGGGUUCCUCGAACCGGGGGAGUCUAUCGAGGAAGCGGUCCGCCGCGAGACUUGGGAGGAGAGCGGCGUGACGGUCGGACGCGUCGUGAUCCACAGCUCGCAGCCGUGGCCGUUCCCUGCCAGCCUAAUGAUCGGUGCGAUCGGCCAGGCCGUUCCGGGCGGCGAGACGAUCCAUCUCGGUCACGACGAAGAAUUGACCGACGCCAAGUGGUUCACUUUCGACGAAGUAAAAGAAGGCUUGACGUUCGGCACGAGUGGUUUAGGAGAACCUGCACCGCCUGGGUAUAGGGAGGGAGCUUUGAGAUUACCCCCGCAGACGGCUAUCGCCCACCAGCUGAUCCUAGCGGUUAUUAAGGGAUACCUGGAGGCGGUACCUAAGAUAUAAGGAUAUGAGUGAUAUUACAGGCGAUAGUACAGCCUUCUCUUCCUGUGCGGCAGGGGCAGUCUUGUUAUAGGGGAAGAGGUGUCGAUUUGGGUAAUUGGGUUCUCGUCACGACAGAUAAAGUGGCUUAGAGGUGAAUGAAGAAUUAGACAUAGAGCAUCUAAACUAGCAGCAGAGCGGAAAGGUUCUAGUUACAUGCGGUUGAAACUAAGCACGGGGAGUUAGCUGUCGAUUGAACCUAUAGCUCGAUAUACGUCGAUAUAGGUACAUAGUCUGAAAAAAAAAAAAAAAAAAAAA